CUCCCGCCCGCCACUCUGCUCUCAGCCAGCCCACCCGCUGGCCGUAGCCCGCUGGCCGCUGCCCGCCCUCGCUCUCACCGUCGCCCAAAGCCAACGCCCCAACUUCCUCUCUCCUUGUCAGCCCUAUCUCGCAACAUCCUCUCUGCACAACUCUCGUCCCUUCUCCUCCCCUCCGCCUCGCGCUGCCUCCUGCGUCCGUCGCCCGCCGUGCCCCGUUGCUGUCCAUCGCAUUCCUCCUCCCUUCGAGGCCCCGCGACGACCGCUCGACGCAGCUGCUCCCGCUGUCUCACCGCCGCCGGCUCGGCCAUCGCUCGUCCUUCUCCCACUCCAGCAACCCCCUAACCCACGCCUUAACUGCCCGUCAUGGAUCCCGAAGGCGACGCCAACUCUCCGCCCUCGGUCGACGACCGUCACAAUGCCCAGGUCGACAACGCCAUCCGCGCGAUCCAGGAGAAGAAGCCCGUCCCCGAGAUCGACUUCACUAUCCAUACCAUGGAGGAUGGCACCCAGGUCAACACCAUGGAGCGCGUGUGCAAAGACGUCCAAGCCCCCGCCAUGUUCAAGCCCACCGACGAGCAAUUCUUCGAGGAUGACACCCACACCAAGCCCGACAUCAAUUUCCUCAAGCAGCAUUUCUAUCGCGAGGGCCGUCUCACCGAUGAGCAGGCCCUCUGGAUCCUCAACAAGGGUACCGAGAUCCUGCGCGCCGAGCCCAACCUUCUCGAGAUGGACGCCCCCAUCACCGUUUGCGGUGACGUCCACGGCCAGUACUACGACUUGAUGAAGCUCUUCGAGGUCGGCGGCGACCCUGCUGAAACCCGAUACCUCUUCCUUGGUGACUACGUCGACCGUGGCUACUUCAGUAUUGAAUGCGUCCUCUACCUCUGGUGCCUCAAGAUCCACUACCCCCAGUCCCUGUGGCUGCUGCGAGGAAACCACGAGUGUCGCCACUUGACCGAUUACUUCACCUUCAAGCUCGAGUGUAAGCACAAGUACUCCGAGACCAUCUACGACGCCUGUAUGGAGUCCUUCUGUGCCCUGCCCCUGGCUGCCGUUAUGAACAAGCAGUUCCUCUGCAUCCACGGAGGCCUGAGCCCCGAGCUGCACACACUCGAUGACCUACGAGGCAUUGAUCGUUUCCGAGAACCCCCCACGCAGGGCAUCAUGUGCGACAUCCUCUGGGCUGACCCUCUCGAGGACUUUGGCCAGGAAAAGACCAGCGACUACUUCCUCCACAACCACGUCCGAGGUUGCUCAUACUUCUUCUCGUACCCCGCCGCCUGCGCGUUCCUCGAGAAGAACAACCUGCUCUCGAUUAUCCGAGCCCACGAAGCCCAAGAUGCCGGCUACAGAAUGUAUCGCAAAACCCGAACUACCGGCUUCCCCAGUGUCAUGACCAUCUUUUCCGCCCCGAACUACCUCGAUGUCUACAACAACAAGGCCGCCGUUCUCAAGUACGAGAACAACGUUAUGAACAUCCGACAGUUCAACUGCACUCCUCACCCCUACUGGCUCCCCAACUUUAUGGAUGUCUUCACCUGGUCGCUGCCUUUCGUCGGCGAGAAGAUCACCGACAUGCUCAUUGCUAUUUUGAGCACGUGCUCCGAGGAGGAGCUUAAGGACGACACUCCCUCGGCGUCAUCGCCCGGCCCUAUCUCGCCUUCGGCUUCGAGCCCCAACAUGGAUCCCGAGUCGAUCGAAUACAAGAGACGAGCAAUCAAGAACAAGAUUCUUGCCAUCGGCCGAUUGUCCCGAGUGUUCCAGGUUCUUCGUGAGGAGUCGGAGAGGGUGUCUGAGCUCAAGACGGCCUCUGGUGGCAGACUCCCCGCUGGUACGCUUAUGCUGGGUGCCGAGGGUCUGAAGAAUGCCAUCCACAACUUUGAGGAUGCCCGCAAGGUCGAUAUCCAGAACGAGAGGCUCCCUCCCAGCCACGAGGAGGUGGUCAAGCACCAGGAGGAGGAGCGACAGGUUGCCCUCCAGAAGGCUGCGGAAGACGCCAACAACGAUACCAAGUUGCAGCAAUUGUCCAGGAGGCUUAGCACGGAUCGCAAGCCUCGAACAGCACCAUCGUCAUGAAACAUGGCUGUACAGUAGCAUCUACGUUUUGAUACGAACGUUGAGCAUGGAAGCGGAUGGUUUCAUCGAUUGGAACCAAUGACGCAUGGCUUGUGUAGUUUGA